CCCAAACACAGCUCUACAACCUUCUAUCAGAUCUAUCAGGCGCUCAGCGAUGUGGCUGAUCUACUGGCGGCCGAGGCAGCCUUCGAGCAGCGCUGUAGCCAGCCUUCGCAGAGUCCAGGAAGAGCACCCCGGCACCAGCCAGCGGCCAUUGAGGUUCUCAUGGCCUGGCUGCAGGAACACAGAGCCAAUAUCUAUCCCUCAGCUGAGGAUAAGCGAAUGCUGCAGGAGCAGACAAACCUAUCUACUCUCCAGUUGGACCAAUGGUUCAUCAAUGCGCGACGGCGGUACUAUGAUCCCAGUGCCAGAGGCGAAGGAGAGAUCAGCAAGGAGAGCAUUCAAAUCCUUUCGGCCUGGCUUGCCAACAACACCAAACGACCCUACCCCAGCGAGCUUCAGUGCAAUGCCCUCGCCCACCAGGCCGACAUGAGCACCAGUCUGGUCAAAAAAUGGCUCAAGGUUCUGCGAAGAUUUAAAUGGGUCGCUGAGGAUCCCGUGGCCGGAGCUGCAGAGGCGAGCACCGACCAAUGCUUGUCGUGACCGGAAAGCAGUCCAAUGCCUUCACUCGGAGAUUGCCGAGGUGAUCAGUUUUAUGGUAAAUGGCCAUGUCGGAGGCAGGCCAUCGCGGACUAUGCUCAUGAAUGAAGCUGGAAGAGUGCCCGAAUAUAGUAGAAUCCCGUGGAAUGCGACCCAA